AUACCUUUUCUGGUACAGUGUUCUUUUUUUUUAUUUUUUUGAUAGCUUCGUCGUCUUCCUCUUCUUUCCUUAGCUCUCUGUUAUUUCCAUUUUACUUCAUUCCUUCUUUCUCUCUCUAUUUUCUCUCUCUCUCUCUCUCUCUCUCUUCAUUCCAGUUUUUGCUGAUGAUUCGUUUGGUUUUUGGGGCUGAGGUAAUAUAGCUUUCAAGAGUUGUAGGGAACUUUAAGAUCUGAAGAUGUUGGAUGGGAUUCUCGGCCGGGGAUUUACAUCCAAGUGCAAAUCCUUGAUUAAAUUGACCAAAAGUCGGAUCGAUGUGAUUCGGAGGAAGAAGAAAGCUACUCUGAAAUUUUUGAAGAAAGAUAUUGCUGAUCUACUCGCAAAUGGGCUGGACAUUAAUGCUUAUGGAAGGGCUGAGGGGCUUCUAGUUGAAUUGACAAUUUCGUCCUGUUAUGAUUUCGUGGAACAAUCAUGUGAUACUGUGCUGCAACAUCUUCCGAUCAUGCAAAAGCAGAGGGAAUGCCCUGAUGAAUGUUGUGAGGCUAUCGCUUCUCUAAUGUUUGCUGCUGCUAGAUUUUCGGAUUUACCAGAAUUGCGUGAGCUCAGGCAAAUUUUUCAAGAGAGGUUUGGAACUUCUUUGGAACAUUUGGAAAACCAAAAGUUUGUUGAGAAUUUAGCUUCCAAACCUUCCACAUUGGAGAAGAAAGUCCAGUUAUUGCAAGACAUAGCGUUGGAGUUUUCAAUUAAGUGGGAUUCUGUGGGUUUUGAGAAGAGAAUGUCCACUCCCCCAGCCUAUGCUAAGGGCGUACCUAAAGAUCAAAGGUCUUACAAUGCUGUGGUAGACAAAAGUUCUCAUGCUAAGGAAAUUGAUCCAAGAGUGGGGAAGGAUGGUGGUGUAUCAUACAAAGAAAAUUUUGAGCAUGCAAAUGGCAGGCACAGAUUCGUCAAUCCUAGCGAUAGUACCAUUUCAGGAGGAAAAGAACCUAAAUUUCAGGUUAGGCAAGAAUUACCCGGACAUGGACAUGAGAAUAGAGUAUAUGACAAAGAAGAAACACCCAUGGAAUUUGAUGGCCGGUUAAAUCAUUAUGGAGAGAAGAAAGGUUCCACAGUUAGUAAGCAUGAAGCUAGAAAUGGGACAGUGGGUUCUAGCCCUAGAAUUGGUAGAAUGGGCAGCUCCUCUUCGAGUGAAGUACCAGGAGAUGCAGAUAAUGGACUAGUUGUGCAUAAUGGCAGAGGACGGACAGUUCCAGAUUAUUUGAAGUCACCUUACAAUAUUCCAGGUCCUCCUAUUAGUAAGCAUGAAGCUGGAAAUGGAAUGAUGGGCUCUGCCUUCAGAACUAGUAGAAUGGGUAGUUCUUCGUCCAGUGAAGUAUUGGGGGAUGCAGAUGAUCGACCAGUUGUGCAUAAUGCGCGAGAGAGGACUGUUCCAAAUAUCUUGAAGUCUUCACCUUACAAUAAUCCAGGUCUUGCUCCUAGUGAUGCAGGAUUGCAGUUAAAGAGUGACAUUAAAGAGCCAUCAUCUGGUAAUACUCAUACUGGGCAUAAUGGGUUGAUACUUAAGAGUGAUUUAAAAGACUCAUCAUUUGUCAAUACUCAUAAUGGGCAUCGAUAUGCAGUCCUACAAGGGAAGGUCGAGGAGGAUAAACAGAGUUUGAAACCCAGCUACAACAGUAUCCUCCCUCCUCCAUAUGUAAAAGCCAACUCUAGAAGGAAGGAUCACAGGAGCCAUUCAGAACUAUUGCGUACAGGCCACGACAACAAUUGUGUUUCAACAGAUCCUCAGAAGCCUGUCAAGUCAGAAAUAACUGCCCCUGCUCUCCAAUUAGAACCCGGCCAUCCUGACCAUGAGCGGCAGGUUACUAGUCCUAUACGGUCAAGUAGUCGUGGUGGUGAGAUGGACCAUGUCUUUGGUACUCGGAUACCUCCUGAUGCUCUGCCAAAACCAAGAUCGGUACGGAGAAGGCACCAUAAGCCACGUUCUAGUCAUUCAGUUGAUGACAAUGCUGAGGACAUUAGAAUGGUGAGAAAAAAGUCGAGAAGUAGUAGGAGAAGAGAUGAUAAACGAGGCUUGCAGCUGUUAGUAGACGAACAGGAGAAUGAAAGGGACGAAGAAGAAAGGAUAAUAGACAAGCUUUUGAUACAUUACAGUAAGAAACCUUCAUCCUUUGAACCAGGAAAGAUGAGGAGGAAACCUAAAAAUCUCCUUGCUCCUGAAAAUGGUGCUCAUGCUGCCAAGUCCCCUUUGAAUUUAAUUAGCAGAGACGGGGCUGAUGAGCAGGCAGAUUCAGUUCCUCCAGCACGAUCAGCUUCCCUACCUCGUGAACAUAAUCUGGGUUUAUCAGAAGCAACCAAAGUAUUUACUCGUGCUGCUUCCUUUCAACCAGACCGAUCAAGUGCAGCUAAACACGUUCAUCCUAAGUUACCUGACUACGAUGAUUUGGCUGCCCGAUUUGCAGCCUUGAGAGGAAGGUAAACUGUUUCAUUAAUAAUACCCUUUCCAUAUCUUGAUCGCCUGGGAACCAGUGAUGCGCACCUAAUUCAAGCAUUCCAAGUGUGUCUCUCUUGGUUGCUUCUCACACGAACUUUUUCCACAUUUCAUUGUAUAGCCCUUGCGUGUAUGUGGGCUGCAUCUUGUCAUUUUUCCCAUUGAUUUUUGAAGAUUUAUACUAUUAACCUGUAAUAGCGAGUGUGACUUCAAAUUUCAAAUGAUACAGAUGAUAGCUAAAUGUAAGAUCAACCCAACCCCAUUCCUGAGUUGA